AUGGCCGUGGCCAGUACCAAGAGUCGGUGGGAGACGGAUGAGGUACAGGCUCAGUCUGCGGCCAAGACUCUGUCCUGCAAGGAUAUUGUGGCUGGAGACAUGAGCAAGAAAAGCCUCUGGGAGCAGAAGGGAGGCUCCAAGACCUCAUCAACAAUUAAGGCCCAGAUUGCCUUCCUACAGGGAGAAAGGAAGGGCCAAGAAAAUUUGAAGAAGGAUCUUGUGAGGAGGAUCAAAAUGUUGGAGUAUGCUCUUAAACAGAAAAGAGCCAAAUGCCACAAGUUGAAAUAUGGGACACAAUUGAAUCAGGGAGAUAUGAAGCCUCCAAGCUAUGAUUCUGAUGAAGGUGAUGAAACAGAAGUGCAGCCACAACAAAACAGCCAGUUAAUGUGA